AUGAGCGCUCGAGAAAGUCCAAGCCUGGUGGCUGACGAGAAGCAUACCAAGUCGGAUGGCGUCCACUCGGCUGGUUACGGCGACGGAUUGCCUGGCCACCACCAACUCGAUGGCGACGACUCAGUCAUUAUCGACCCCAAUCAAGGCAAACUGCACCGAAAUCUGAAGGGGAGACAUAUGCAGAUGAUUGCCAUCGGCGGUGCUAUUGGUGCAGGUCUCUUCGUCAGUACCGCCAGUGCUUUCCAGACUGGAGGGCCUGGCUCAGUGCUUGUCGGUUUUAUUAUCAUUGGUUUCAUGAUAUACCUCAUGAUGCAAGCGCUUGCCGAACUGGCCGUCCUGUACCCCGUGAAUGGAGCCUUUACCAUGUACAUUUGCAGAUUCAUUGACCCUUCGUGGGGUUUUGCCUGUGGAUGGCAAUACGGUAUCAGUUGGCUCACUGUACUUCCUUUUGAAAUUUCUGCAGCUUGCAAUAUCAUUCACUUUUGGACCGACGUGGAGAAUGUUAAUGAUGCCGCGUGGAUCAUACCGUUGCUUGUUGCUCUUACUGCCAUCCAGUUCUUUGGAGUGAAAGGUUAUGGAGAGGUUGAAUUUGUUCUCAGUACAUUGAAGGUCGUUGCCUGCACUGGUUUCAUCCUCCUGGGAAUAAUCAUCGACUGUGGCGGUGUACCAAGCGAUAACAGAGGCUACAUUGGGGUCAAAUACUGGCAUUCUCCAUACAGUGCUUUCCUCAACGGAUUUCAUGGAUUCUGUACCGUCUUUGUCACGGCCUCAUUUUCCUUCUCCGGAACCGAACUUACUGGACUCGCUGCUGCCGAGGCCGAAGACCCAGCUAAAGAAGUGCCCAAAGCCACCAGGCAGGUCGUCUGGCGUAUCUGCAUCUUCUAUGUUCUGACUCUCUUCCUCAUCGGCCUCAUUGUACCCGCAAACAGCCCUCUUUACGAUACUGAUGGAAGUGAAAGUCGUCAUUCACCCUUCGUGAUUGCUAUCGAACUGGCAGGUAUCAAAGCACUCCCUUCAAUCUUCAACGCCGUAAUUUUGAUUUCCGUGAUGAGUGUCGCCAACUCGUGCACAUUUGGCUCUACCCGAACCUUCCAAGCAUUGGCUCAACAUGGUAUGGGACCAAAGAUCUUCGCCUACGUUGAUAAGAAGGGACGUCCUCUUGUCGUUACCCUGCUUCAACUACUCUUCGGCUGUUUGGCGUUUAUCAAUUUGGAUAAAAAUGGAGGUGGAAACAUCUUCACCUGGCUCCUAUCUUUAUCCGGUCUCUCUUCCUUCUUUAUUUUCGGAAGUGUUGCUGUAGCCCAUAUCCGCUUCCGUUCCGCCUGGAAACUCAACGGCCACAGCGUAGACGAACUCCCCUUCAAAGCCCAAUUCGGCAUCUGGGGUUCCUACGUCUGCGCCGUCCUGAACUUCGUCUGCCUAGCAGCCUCAUUCUACGUCGCGCUCUGGCCCGUCGGCGGACCCAACCUCGACCCUACCACCUUCUUCCAAGACUAUCUUGCCGGGCCCUUCCUCCUCUUUCUCUACGUCGGCUGGAAGGUUUACUCUUGGAUCUUCGUGCCGGAGCACCGCCCGCUCUAUGUCAAGAUCAAGGAUAUCGAUGUUUACUCGGGCUUGCGUGAGGGACAACUGCAACCGCGCGAGCAUGUCGAGAAGCCGAAGAGGUCGCCUUUAGAUUGGGCAAAGUCUGUCGUUGGACAAGUAUUCUAA